AUGGUUUUAAAGAAGAAGAAGGAAAUUCAGGUAGAUGCAUUCUUUCUUGAUCAUCACCAGCUUGAAAAACUUCAGAAGUUUUCAAAGGCUGAAGAGCAAAACCUGGCAUCUCUGCUUCUCCGCUGCGCACAGCUGCGUGAUGGCAUCCAGCAGAUCCAGUGCAUUAAACAAAUUACGCCAUUGAUAAAGAAGAUGUAUCAAAACUCUGCAUGUGAUCCCAUGGUUAAAGCUUGUUUGGAUGUUUUGGGAGAGAUGUAUUUUUCACUGAGUGUGAAGAAUCCCUUGAAAAAAGUCUUAGCAAGUUCACUAAACCGUCUUCCUGAAGAGUUUAUGACGUUAGCUGUACAAAGCUUUGUACGCUGCCUUAGGGAAGAACUGAAAACCACAGAUAUAUAUUUGUACAGAAAAGUACUGGACAACCUUGCUUCCUGUAUGGAGGACUUCACCUUAGGUAGAGCAAGUAUUAAGAACCUGUUUGAAGAAGUUCUUCAGUUCCUGCAGAAGUCACUACUUGACAUUCAGGAAGAAAACAGAAAAAAUCAGGGAAAUCGUAUUGUUCAGACUCAGUUGAUGCACGAUUUAUUGAUAGCCAUUAAAGUUUCAAUGAUGCUUGUACAGAAAUUACAAGAAAAUAUCCAGGGAAGUCUUUGGAAACACCAUGAGUCUUUUGUUUGGCGAAGUAUGUGUAGUCUACUGAAAAGCUCCACAAACUUCCUAAUGGAUGCAACUCUCCUGCAGACUGUUCAGACUACCUCAGGACUGGCUGUUAUUCUGUUUACUAAAGCUAUGUAUGAGCCAGUUGAAGAAUUACCUUCCUUGGUCAGUGACUUGCUUCUUGGGUCAAUGCAACGUGCAGAUGUGCCCGCGUGGUUCGUGAGUAACUGUGAGACUCUGUGUAUGGAAGAACUCCCUGACUCGGUCCUUCUCUUUCUUUGCCAUGGAGCACUGGCUAUGCUGGAAUGGAAGAAUGGCAGCAUGGGUGACAAUGGAGAGAAACUAUUAUUAGAUAUUGCAUCAGUCUUGUUGUCUUUGAGUUCAGAGUUAAAAGAAUCCAGUAUGGCAGCGUCUUUGUCUAGAAUCCUUGCUAUUUGGACUAACUCAGCACUGGCUGCCCUCGUUUCAGGCUCUCCAAAUCUAAAAAUCAAACUUAAUGGGAACUCAGAUGUACUUGGGAAGCUGCUGGGAUACAUUUAUACACACUGGGAACACCCUCUGGAUGCUGUUAGACACCAAACAAAAUUAAUAUUCAAGAAUCUUCUUCAGAUACACCGAGCCACCAUUACUGGAUCGAAUGAAAAAUCUGACCCGUUCUUUGCAAGACUGAUAAAGAGUUUACUAAGCUUGGAAUGGCAUGUAAAAGGAAAAUACGCUUCUCUUGGCUGUCUUGUGGAGUAUGUGGGCACUGAGAAUAUACUACAGUUGGACAGAACAAUUCCCCUACAAAUCUUGGAUGUGAUGAGUGAUCAAUCUCUUGCACCCUAUGCUACUGAUCUUUUGGAAACCAUGUUUACAAAUCACAAAGCCCAUUUUACUUCGAGUUUUCAGGAAAGUACUUGGAUUGACCAAUGGCAUGACAUCUGGGUGUCUCCUCUUCUAGCAAUACUAUGUGAAGGGAACCAUGACCAAACUACUUAUAUAAUAGAUUACUAUUUACCAAAAUUGCUUAAAUGUAGCCCUGACAGUCUGAGCUACAUGAUUAGAAUUCUUCAGGCUUCUGCAGAUGCUAAUCUAGGCUCUCGCAGUACUAGAGGAGCUCUUGGAGCAUUAAUGGCAUGCCUAAGAGCAGCUAGGGCUCACGGACACCUAGAACUUUCAAGUAUCAUGAGUAGUGGUCUUGUAUCCACUGAAUGUGUAAAACAGGGUCUAGUUCAUCAGCACAAUCAGGUUUGCGUUGAUGCUUUAGGUUUACUUUGUGAAACCCAUCGUAGCACGGAAAUUGUGUCUUUGGAAGAAAUGCAACUAAUUCAAUUUUUUAUGAUGUACAACUUGAACAGCCAGUCUCCUUCAGUAAGACAGCAGAUAAGUUCUUUACUGAGAAAGCUAUUUUGUAGGAUACAAGAAAGUUCCCAGGUGCUUUUUAAAUUGGAGCAAAAUAAAACCAAGCAAGAGUUACUUGAAGACUCAACGAAAAGACAUCCUUUGGGGAUUUUGCAGCAAUACAAAGAUUUCAUGUCAUCUGUAUGUGACAGACUUUUUGAGGUACUGUUUCCUGGUUCAUCGCACCCAACCAGAUUUUCUGCACUAACUAUUUUAGGAUCAAUAGCAGAAAUAUUUUCUGUUCCAAAAGGUCAGGCACAAGUUUUUCAGUUAGAUCAGGAGAUUGAUUCUACUCGUGUCCGAACUUUGAUCCAAUGUUUUGCCAGUACUUUUGAGGAAGUAAAAGUUCUGGCAUUUGGGCUUUUGAUGAAACUACGUGAUGUUGUGUUUAAUUUACAG